AUCUUCUAUCUUCUGUGUUUAUGGGAUGUUCUCUGCAUGAAAUCGAUCCUCGAGACAAAAGUCGAAAAUGGCGGAAGAUGGGACGAGACAGUCGCGCGAAAGUGCCCCGUCUAAUGCGAAAACCGCGCCAAUUAUUGUUCUAGAAAGCGACGAGGAAGACGAACUAGACAGCAAAGAACUAUUUCUUGGGUUUAUAUUGAAAGUCCGACAUUUUAUCGGCAAAGAUGAGGUCAUGCUCUUACGGGAGAAAUUCGCGACAGCUCGAGACGAUUUCGUGUGCUCGAGGGACUUCAAAUCGUCGCUUCAGAGAAGAUGUGCCGGUAUAAACAAUUCUAAUGUUUACAUCCAUUUUAAUGAAAUUCUACAACAGAUUCGUGCCAAUCAAGCUGAUGUCAAUGUUAACGAGGAAGAUAAACCUUGCACUUCUGGGAAUAGAUUGAAUGAACCGCCAGAACGGAAGCGAUCGAUUAUCCCGCAAAAGAACACGUUUGCGCGGGAUUUUGGAAAUUGUAAACAAGACACGGGUAGCAGAUCUACGAUAAAGCAUGUAACUUCUGUCCCUGGAACAAGCAAAGAGGCGGACAGGGACUGUGAAAUUAUUAUUCUGGACGAUGACUCAACACCAUCGAGUUUGAAAUCGAAAGAAAGUCAUACAGAAAAGAAUGGCGAAGGGAAGGAAGGCAAACCCCAGAAUACAAGUGAGAGCAAAGAAGAAAGAAGAAAAAGACAUGCUAAAAAGCUGAAAGCAAUAGCCAAGUUGGAAAAAAAGCUGGAAAUGUAUGAUGAGGAAAUUAAAAGGCUAGAUCUAGUUGAACUUUCCCUUGAGGAAAUGGAACAUGGACACAGUUCUUAUAUUAAGAAGUCGAAACUUGAAGAAAAGUGCAAUGAAAUUUGGAACAAGAUAUGUUUUCUCCAGAGACGCCCAACCAAUACAGGGAGGGUUGUCGAAAGGGAAGUGAAGUGUAAAAGCACUGGUGUUCCCCAGAUUGAUCGUGCUGUCAAGAGAUUCCUCAAAAACAGAACAACAUUUCCAGAUAUUUUCGACAUCCGUAAUCUUGUCAGCAAUGCUGUAAAGAAACACAAGCUGAAGUUUUCAGCUUCUGUCCAAGACGAACUUGCUAAUGAGAUCUUUACUGACAUCGGUAACAAGAUGCAGAAAAAGAGAAAGAAGGACUUUGCGUAUAAUUUUGGUUGUCACUUGACUGACAGUUGCAAGCCAAGUAAGGAUCCUGCUUUGGAUGACCACAUAUUACUGCAGAAGUUAGAAGACAACAAGAGAAGGGGGGAAAGCGCCUUGAACGAGGUUUUUCGAAAGUAUGUUCAUCUUGGCAGGAUGCAUGGAAUAGAAGGAUACAACGGGGCGCCCUCUACAUCAAGUGGGUUGCUGUCCGAUGACUCAGACGGUGAGCCCCUUAAUGAGCAGAACCAGGAAAGGAAGAAAAGAAGAAGGGAGAGUGGGGACACAGAUGAUAGCGUUAAAGCCAGGAAAAAGGAGAAGAAGAGGAGGGAAGAGCAAAGAGACAAAGAAAGCUCUUUAGAUUUUGAGAGUUCACAAGAACUUAGCGAAGAGUCCUUUGUCCAUAUAGAGGAGAACUCAGUAGAUAUUGAUUUUGACUCAGCUGAAGAUGUUUCAUGUAGUAUUUCGGAGACAGAGCCACUAGAUAUUGAUCAAUCACAGCUUCAAGCAUGUUUGGAAAAGAGCCAGCAAGAAAGAAGAGGAAGUGAUAAUAUCACUUAUGCCUGUAGCAUUUCAGCUGAGGGAGAUAACAGCAGAGGAAAUAAGGAGGAAAGAAACAAAGGAAGUACUCCAGUUUUAGAGAACUCACAAGAAGUUUCUUCUUGUGAAGUGGAGAAAUUAUUGAUUGAUUUAGACUCAGUUGAAGAUGCUACUUCAAAGCCUCAAGCAUCCUUGCAAGAAACAUUUAUUGACCAGCCAGCAUUUGGUAUCUCCAACAAAGAUGUUGUACCAGACAACGAUGUUACUUCCGAGCAUAACUCAUCCGAUAAGAAAUAUUUUCUUAAGAUCCCACAACUGAACAAGGAUCAAGGAAAACUGAUGGGAAAAAUCUCAGAACUUGUGAAAAAGCAAGGGUUAGCAAGAAAAUCAGUAGAUCGUUCUCAAGUCAAUGGUUGUCAGGCCUCUGGUUCUAAAGUUUGUGAAGACAGUUUUACAAGUGAUAAUCAGGGAAGAUUUUCUAAUGAUUUUGAAAACACAGUCCCAAGUCUGAGCAUGAACCAAGGAUUAACAGGUGAUAAUCAGGACAGUUCUAUUUUACAUGAUAAUGGUUUUUCUAAGGAUUUUGAUAACACAGUUAUAAAAGUCCCAAGUCUGAAAAAGAACCGAGGAAAACUAGACAGAAAAAUAGCAGAGCUCUUGAAAAAACAAGGGCUAGCAAAGGCUGCAGAGCCUUCUGUUUCAAAAGUUGAUGGUCUAAAGAAUCUCAAUAUUUCACAGCAUGACAAUUCUGAACUGGGACAUAGUUCUCCCAAUUAUGUAUGUCCAUCACUUGGACAAAGCAGGGAAGAGUCUUUCCAAGGUCAAAGAACAGCUAAUGGUAACAAUAUCAAUCCAGUGGAGGUGCAUCGCAUCACCUCAGGACAAAGCUCACCAUUUGUAGAGGCUUCUAGAUGUGAUCAAUCACAACAUAAUUCCAGUCAUGGUAAUAGUCCCGGAAAGGUACAGGUAAACACCUCAGGACAAAGUUCACCAUUUGUAGAGGCUUCUAGAUGUGAUCAAUCACAACAUAAUUCCAGUCAUGGUAAUAGUCCCGGAAAGGUACAGGUAAACACCUCAGGACAAAGUUCACCAUUUGUAGAGGCUUCUAGAGGUGAUCAAUCACAACAUAAUUCCAGUCAUGGUAAUAGUCCCGGAAAGGCGCAGGUAAACACCUCAGGACAAAGUUCACCAUUUGUAGAGGCUUCUAGAGGUGAUCAAUCACAACAUAAUUCCAGUCAUGGUAAUAGUCCAGCAAAGGUGCAGCUAAACACCUCAGGACAAAGAUUAUUGGCUGUAAACACUUUUACAGAUGACCAAUCACAAUAUUAUUCCAGUCAUGGUAGUAGUCCAGGAAUGUACUGUUCACCAUUAGAGCUGUUUAGAAAUAAGAAGCAGUGCAAUGGACAGAUAAAUCAAAAGCCUGGCAUAGAUACCAAUGGUAAUGGUUUGGCCAACGUUGGCAUGAACAGCCCUCAACAAAGUCCAAAGUCUACUUCAAAGCUUAAAAGUGUUUCUAAACUAAAUGGAGUUCCAAAUGGACAUAGUCCUAAGCAGAAAUCUGUGAAUGCUAUUAUCGUCUUGUCAGAUGAUGAUGAUUAGACAUUCUUCUCUCCAAUUGAUUCUCCUUUUUUUCUGCAUGUAAUGGGGUAUGAAUUAUCUGUUACAUUUAUUGUUGAAUAAACGCUUUUUAUUACCCUAAA